AUGACUGACAAUAAAUAUUCCAGAAGAGAACUCUACACCAUGAUCAAGGAUAGAAUAAUGAACUAAAAGGAAUUUAAUGCAACUAUGAUGAGUAGUUCUCUCCUUAGUGACUCAGACAGUCUAAGCAGUUUUUCUCCUCUCAAGUCAAUGAUUUCUGAAGAAGAUAUGGUUGAAAUAAACUAUAUGGAUGAACUUUUUUCAUUCUUUGAAAAAGACUGGGAUAACUACACAGAGGAGCAAGACAACCAAUUUUAAGCACAAUACAAAUUCACUUUGGAAAGGCUAAAUGUUUUCAAAAACAUUCUUCGUGCUUUCAAGAACUAUAUGAAGACUAAGGGAGACUCAGUCGUCAUCGAGUGCAUGGAUUCUCUACAAAAACCCAUUAAUAUCAUCAAGAAGCAAUUUAAUUUCUUCUCAAAGCGCCAUGCUCCCAACAGCCGUUUACUAUCAUUGCUCUUUUGCUACGAUAGAUACGGAAGACAAUUUGAAUACUUCCUUAAUCACUACUCUCUCGAGUGGCUUGCUAGCAGCAAAGUUAAGGACCUGACUUAACACAUCUACACUAUUCUUUAUCUCUGUCGCUGUUUCAAAAAUGAGAGUAUGCAAUAAAAUAUCAAAGUUAACAAGAAAUGA